AUGUUUUUAUCAAAAAGUGAACGUGAAUUCCAUUCUCCACGAACCUCUUUUUUUUAUCGAAGAGUAUUCUUGUUCAAUGCAUUUAUUCCUAUUUUUAUAAAGUCGCUACAAAACGGACAAAACUUAUUUACGCAUUACAUUGUUUUGAAAUUAAAAAAUGGACAAACCAAAAUCAAAGACAAAGCUUCCAAAAUGGGUGAAAUUCUUGACGUGAGUUCCCGCGCGAGUAGAUCAGUCGAUUUCAGCGUAAGUGGUCGUACCAAAUCACCAGAUAGUCGAAAGGAACCAGAAACAGCAGAAACAGCAAAAACUCCAUCCCCAAGUGCGGCUCCCGUGUCUCCAGUGCUCGAAAAGUCAAAGACGAAGACGAACCAGAAGAGCACAACUGAAAUUGAGCAACAAAAAAUCGUGAAACGACCUUCUGCAAAUCGGAAAAAUCAAGUUGAAACGAAACGAGAAGAGAAGAAAUAUGAAAAAGUGAAAAGUGAUUUGGGAGUUCCGCAAGCUGAUGUUCAGAAAAAUGCACCACCAUCUGUAUUUGAAAAGAAGAAAGCAUUAAAAGAAGAGUCAAAGAAAGAGGUGCUAGACGGUAGCGCCUUUGAGGAAAUAGAAGGUCCAUCAGCCCCAGUACAAACUGGUUCAAAAGGAAUAAAAAAUAAAAUGCGUUGGAAAAUUGACGUGGAAGUGGUUGAUGUCAAGGGAGAUCAGAGGAUGACAGAAAUUAUCGAGAAGGCCUCCAUUUUACGAACGAGAAUUAAAGCUCGGAAAUGUAAAUUUUCGAAAGAAAAUGAGAAGGAUACAAGUACGACUACAACCACCACCACUGACGACGAACCGGAGCCCAAUUUUUCAGAAGAAAUGAUCAUAAUGUGUGCUCGGGUUUUGGAAGUAGUCAAACUAGAAUCGUUAAUUUCAAAAGAAAUUUCCAAACCCGAUCAAAUUAAUCUUCGUGCAUUCUGCCGUUGUGGCGAUCAUGAGGAAAAUGCCGAGAUUUGCAUUGAAAAGAUUGCAUCCGCUGUUUUGAAUACAGUCGUCCAGAAAAAUGAAUUUAUUCGGCAAGUUAUGAUUCCAGGAGAGUUGAGGAUGUUUGCAGUGGAUGAAAAGAAGGCAAAAAUUCCAAUGAUGGCGUUGAUGAUGGUUCGCAAAGAUCUUACUUAUUUCGCGUGGGAAAAACGUAACAAGGAAGUGGAGAACACUAUUGACGGAACUUGGUCUGGAAUGUCAAUCAAGAAAGGAACCGGGUCUCCAUCGGUUUAUAGCACUCAGCUUGGAUGUUAGAAUUCAAUAAAUUUU